GCGUUGCUGAUGUAAACAAAAACUUUGCUGGACCGAACUGGUCCAUUUGUGUAGUCAUCUGGAGGAAAACCUUCACGCAAACUACACCUAUCAUAAAGAAGGUGCCUUUGGCUCCUAAUUCAGCCUCGAAGGUGUGUGGACGUUUGGCUCCUGCUUCGCCCGAGGGUCUCUGAAAGACUACAAAGUUGAUCUCGCACAUUGGGCAUGGUAUGGUUUGCUAUAGCCUAAGGUGCUGCCUCAGGAAAGGAUGAUGUGGAUGUGAGCUCAAAUGUAGUGAAGGUUCGAGAAGCAUACAAAGAAAUUUCCACCAUUCAGAUAUUUGAUCCUUGGUAAUGACAGACACAGCCAACAUGCUUAGUCCGGCAGCCAGGAGAUAUCUUUUAUGGUGUGCAAAUGAACAUAUUGAAUUCAGAAUACCAGAACUGGUAUCAGUUGCACGGAUGUUCAAAAUUCCCAUCAAGUGGAUUGAUAAGCCAAAGGAAGAUCCAUAUGUGAUCUUGGAAACAAACUCUGAGAAUGAUGUACGAAAAUUAAUGUCACGCAGUAUGCUUGUACGAUCUUGUUAUGAGUUAUGGGGUCAAGGAAAAACUGAGGCUGAACUUCACUCAAGUGUCAGAUCUCUUCCAGAGAACUUGAUUAAGCAGCAUCUAGUUCGUGAGAAGACAUUUAAAGUGCGUGUGGAAACAUUCAAUAAGACUCUCAACAUUUCAGAAAAACUAAAAAAAAUAGAGUCUUUGAGUUACCUUCCUUUUGAGGGCAGUGUGGACCUCAAGAAUGCUGACACAUGCCUCCACUUAAUUGAAUAUUAUGGUUUACACCCAAAUGUGAUACCUCAAGCACCAUUCAUGAUAUUUCUUGGACGAUGGGUGGCAGAGGGCCAGCGUGAGCUGAUCGAUAAGUAUUCACUGAAGAGAAGAACGUAUAUUGGCAGUACAUCGAUGGAUGCACAACUGUCUUUUAUCAUGGCAAACUAUGCCCAAGUUCAGCCUGGAGAAGUAGUCGUUGAUCCCUUUGUGGGAACAGGCUCAAUAUUGGUGUCGGCUGCUCACUUUGGUGCGUAUGUAUGGGGAUGGGACAUUGAUUACCUCACCCUGCAUGCUCGCACAAAACCUACUCGACAUAGCCAGAAGCAACGCACAGCAGGGGAAUCUAUAUCUAGCAACCUGAAACAGUAUGGAUUAGAGAAUCAAUACAUGGAUGUUGUAGUAAUGGAUAAUGCAAGACUAUUCUGGAGAGGUGUUCCCUAUGUUGAUGCCAUCAUUACUGACCCUCCAUAUGGAAUUCGUGAAUCAACUGAACGUGUAGGAACCCUCAAAGAGCCCAAGAUGAGUGAAGGAGCCAUACAGCAGCCUUCUGCCCAACAUUUUCCUUCGAAGAUCACUUACAGCCUCUCGGAUGUUUUCCGUGAUUUGAUCAACUUUGCUGCUAUUCAUCUGGUAAUUGGUGGGAGACUUGUAUUUUGGCUACCAGUAAUCAGACAAGACUACAAUGAGAGCUUAAUACCAAGUCACCCGUGUUUAGAGCUUGUUUUCAACAGUGAGCAAGUUCUUACCGUACACUCCAGCAGGCGCCUCAUUACCCUUUGCAAGACCAGACACCCACAGGAAGGGGAAACGGCCACUGCUCAAGUCACUGACUUGACUGCACAGUUUCGCGAGAAAUUCUUCCAAGCCUCCUUAAUGACAAAGGAGGAAAGAGCCUCCAUGAAGUCUCGCUUCCCUCGAGAUAAAAGGGGCCAGGGACUAGGUUAUCGACUCACCGAAGGUAAAGAUAAAGCAAAGGUCAUUAAAAUGGAAGAAGCCCCACAUUGUCACAGCACACACAUUAAACAUGAAGCUCCUAUAAAUAAUGGUGAGACUGAUAGACAUAAUUCAAUUUGCUUGGAUGAUGGAUAACAAACUUUUCUAGAAAUAAAAGAAAUAAUGUGCAAUUUUCUUUAUCCUCUGUCAAAAAUAGCAUCAACCCAGUUUGUAAUCUACUAAAAAAUUAAUGCCAUUUUUUGUUUAAAUGUUCUAAAUUUGUUUAGAGGUAACUUUGAGAAAUGCAUACACCAAUGUUCAUUGCCAAGUUUAACAUUCACAUACGUUAAUACUUGAAAAAGUCAUUUAUUUCAUGCAUUAUAUUCUUUUGUAAGUUAUCUUUACUGUUACUCUGUAUAACUGCAAUGUGCAUAAAAAAUACACACAUUUAGAGAAAUGUUGUGAACAGGAUAAUAAAAAAUAUUUUACAAAA